AUGGCUGAUGUCGAGGCGAAAGGAUACAACCCUCGUGUGGAGGGGUUUCGGGAUAGAGAGUAUCCCAUGUUGAAAGACUCUAUAUAUCUUGACCAUGCAGGCACAACUCUCUACUCAAAGUCCCUCAUGGAUAGGUUCUCUGCCGACAUGAUGUCGAAUCUAUUCGGAAAUCCACAUUCAGCUUCGUCGCCUUCUCAGCACACGACAUCCAGAAUUGAAGAUGUCCGUUUACGACUCCUGAGAUUCUUCAACGCCGACCCAUCAGAGUUCGACCUGGUCUUCGUGGCAAACGCCACAGCUGGUAUUAAACUUGUUGCUGAUGCAUUUCGCGCUUCACCGGAAGGCUUCUUCUUCGCUUAUCAUGAGGCGUGCCAUACCAGCAUAGUCGGAGUCCGCGAGGAAGCACGCGAUAGCGAGUGCGUCAAUGACUCUCAAGUCCAAGAAUGGAUAUCGGGGCAGGUCCCAUCUCCUAAACUCAACCAAACUGAAUCAGACGUACUCUUCGCAUAUACAGCCCAGUCUCACAUGGACGGUUGUCGAUACCCCCUAAGCUGGCCAGCACUUCUUAGACAGACGGCUGAACCACCCCGCAACCGUCUUUAUUCUCUUCUGGAUGCCGCCUCAUUUGCUUCUACUUCCCCUCUGGAUCUCAGUGACGCAACAACCGCACCAGAUUUCACUGUUCUCAGUCUUUACAAGAUAUUUGGCUUCCCAGACCUUGGAGCCCUCAUCAUCAGAAAACAAGCAGAAUCGGUGUUCGACAGUAGGCGUUAUUUUGGCGGUGGCACCGUCGACAUGGUCAUCUGCGGCAGAGAACGGUGGCAUUCGCCAAAGACCACAUUUUUGCACGAGCGACUUGAAGACGGCACAUUACCAUUUCACAGUAUUAUUGCGCUUGAUGCUGCGCUUGAUGCACAUGCUGACCUAUUCGGAACUAUGGCUUGUGUGGCAUCGCACACGGCGUUUCUCAGGCGGCGUCUUCACCAGGGCCUGACAGCUCUCACCCACGGCAACGGAGCGCCGAUCUGUACCGUCUACUCGCAACGUCCCACGGACGACGCGGCAUCUGACGGAUCGGGUCCACUCGUCGCAUUCAACCUCCGCAAUUCGGCUGGUGCUUGGGUUAGCCUCCAUGAGUUUGAAAAGUUGGCAACGCUGAAAAGCUUGCAUGUUCGGACCGGGGGUGUCUGCAGUCCUGGAGGUGUAGCAUCAGUACUUGGCUUGAAACCCUGGGAGAUGCGGAGGAACUUUUCUGCUGGUUUUCGAUGUGGAACAGACGAAGACAUCGUUUCUGGAAAGCCGACAGGUAUCAUUCGCGCAAGCCUUGGCGCUAUGAGCACCAUAUCCGAUGUGGACUUCCUCGUUGGCUUCAUCCACGAGUUCUAUCGAGAAGAUGCCAUGCUCGUCGACGUGGAACCAGGUAUCUCCAUACCCGGCAAGAAGAUCCAGGUACAGGACAUUAAUAUUUACCCUAUCAAGAGCUGCGGAGGCUAUUCCGUACCUCGGGGCGAUGCAUGGGAGGUGAAGCCCGAGGGCUUAGCUUGGGACAGAGAAUGGUGCCUCGUUCAUCAAGGAUCUGGACAAGUUCUCAGUCAGAAACGAUAUCCGAAGAUGGCCUUGAUAAAGCCCUCCCUUGACUUCAAGAGUGGAAACUUAUGCGUCUCCUUCAGCGGCAAAAGGGCCUUUCACGCACCCGAUGAGAUUCGGAUACCCCUUUCCGCAGACCCGACACAGUUCGACUCAAAAGUUUCGUCUCGUGGAAGAUCUUCCCGUGUUUGUGGCGACAACAUCACGCCCCAGAUCUACAAUUCUGACGCCAUCAACGGUUUCUUCACCGACGCUCUUGGUGUUCCUUGUGUAUUAGCACGAUUCCCAGCGGGUGGACAAGGUCCCGCUAUGCGUCACGCCAAAGCAAAACCCCAGAAGCAUCAACAAAUCAGAACAACAGCGGCCAGAGUAUGCCCAGGAGCCUUCCCAGAGUUGCCGUCUCCACCAGAUUCGGACUCUGAGCAGCCAUCAGGCAAGAUUCUUCUCUCCAACGAAAGCCCCAUCCUCCUUAUCAACACCGCGAGUCUGCGCGCCCUGAAUGAUGAAAUCGAGGCCGCCGGCGGGGAACCAGUACCGUCGGCGGCGUUUCGUGCCAAUGUUGUCAUUGGCCCAGCUUCGGAUUCAAAGGAUCUAGCAUGGGCGGAGGACACCUGGACGACUCUGUCAAUAGGAAAGAACGAGUUCAAGCUUAUGGGUUCCUGCCGGCGAUGCCAGAUGGUUUGUGUGGACCAGGAGAGCGGUGAGAGGCAUGAAGAACCAUUCGUGACUCUGGCGAAGAUUCGAAGAUUUGACGGAAAAGUCUACUUCGGCACGCACAUGGGUCAUGACCCCGGCCCGGAUACGUUGAGGCCAGCCACGUACCCCACCAUUCGGGUUGGUGACACCGUUGAGGUUGAUCGCAAGUCGUGA